CUUGAUACUAAGGACAUGUCUGCUCCAAUUCAAGAUACAUUUACUACGGGCCCUAUCAUGCUCGCUCGGGUCUGGUAGCAGACUGAUUAUGACUCGGGGACGCCAGGGCAUGACACAAGCUGGCAGCCCAUGUGUGUAGCUCACAUCCUGGGAGGCUGUUCAGCGGCGUCACAGGCUCUCUGUUCCUCAAUAGUUGCUGGAGCCUGACACUAUCACCUUACGACGACGCACAGAUAUCAUGGAACAGGCCUCAUCUAGCGGGUCCAGAGUAGCUUUGAAGCCCACCUCCAACAAGUUCCGUCGCCUAGGCCGAUGGGCAAGGGCUUCGCCGGUUUCCGAUUCAAUAGUAGCCUCUUGGUGCGGCGCGAGCAUAUCCUUCCUCUUUUCCGGAUCCUACCUCAGCAUACGGACCGGCGAGCGUACCGAGCGCAAGGACUCGUUCAAUGGCGGGACUCCUAUGAUCGCAUGUACUAUCAGUGCUUAUCCGAGACGCAAAACAGGCCCAGGCAUCGACAACGAUCAAGUCAACACAUAUGACUGUGGACCGUCGCAGGAAGUUAUCCUCGUAGACGCGGACACUCUGAUUACUGGGGCUCUUCCUGUGAGGCUCACGCUCACGCUCGUGGACUGGGCUUCUGUGUUUGGGCUAGACAGCCUUAUUGUGGAUAGCGAAGAUGAUGUGCAGGCUGACACCGAUGACCCUCCACCGGUCAGGGUACUCGCUAUCGGGGACUCUAUCACGGCUGGGUACUCUGAUGGCUCGCAGCCGGUCCCUCUGGGCUGCCUCAAUGCCUAUCCGCAUGUCGCGAGGGAACGAAUACAGACGGAUACAGGCACUGCGAUCGAGCUGGAGCUCGUAGCUUUCCCUGGUAUCACGCUCGUAGCGCCUACGCUUGAGGAAAGAGACGAAGGUGUUGGGCAGGGAAUGAUAGACAAAUUCUUCAACGUGUCUCAAUGGUCUGACGAGCCCGCUAACCUGGACGAACAGCCUUCGAUCAUAUUGAUCGCGCUCGGUACCAACGAUGACGCGCAAGACGUUUCCCCUGAGCGAUUUGCGUCCAGCAUGCGCACCUUCAUCGAACGUGUGCUUCAAGCGUACCGUGCCUCUGUCAAGCAUAUCUGUGUCCUGCACCCCUUCCCCGACUUCACUGAGGACUCCGAGUUUGGAUCCUUAGAGACUUCUGAGCAGGUGCCCAUUACGCGAGACUUGUCGUCGGUCCUGGAUGCAUUGAGAUCGGUCACGGAGGAAAGUGUCGAGUUUCAUGAGUGGAACAUUGGAGGGGAUCUGCGGAGGGAGCACACGAUGGAUGGACUACAUCCAACGCUUUCUGGGCAUCGCACUCUAGGAGACACGCUCGCGCGGAUGGUGGUGCCGCUCUUGUAUCGGUCCGGAUGCGUCUUGACCUGAUUCAUAGUGUUCGGUGAUUGACAGAACUAUUGGGCGAACCAGAGACAGCGCAUAGUAUCGCGUGAGUAGCAGCAUGCUGGAGCUUUGACAUUCAAGUUUGCCGUCCGAUAGGUUGAUUGCCAUGCCCAUAUAGUACUGCCUGCGAUUCCCAAGCAGCUUUGCGAAGCCCUGCACAAUAAUGAGUGGAUACGCUGAAUCUUGGCUGCAUCCGAC